ACUCCGGAGACGACAGUUGGUGUUGCCAGUGGUGAAAUCGUGGUACCGCAUUCAAGAGGAUUUUUGUGCGAUUAUUGUGUGGAAAAAAAAUAUUGGCAAUUUUGUCGCCUUUAUCCGGGAAAUUGCAGGAAAAAUCGCGUGUUGAAGUGAAAAGUGUGUGUUUGACCGUCGGUACUGUGCCUCAGUGGGGGUGAAAAGUGUGUAUUUUGUCAAGUGGAUAGCGCACAAGAAGGUGGAUAGCGGAUUGACGCAACAUUUUCUCUUCGAUUUCUUCGCAGCUGAAAAAGUAGAUGAAGGCAACAUCUACAAAAUGUCACGAAACAAAGAUAAAUAUGAAAACAAUAACCCAAGGAGGCAGACUGUAUUUCUAUCACCUGAAGAUAUUGCAGCAGGUCGAAAGACAAAUUGGCAGGCGGUCGAGAUAACAGGCAAUGUGCGGAACUUGAGUCCGUCACUGUGGCAAUUUGAACAUCUAACAGCCCUCUAUCUCAAUGACAACAAUCUCCUCCGCUUGCCAUCCGACAUUGGACAAUUGGCCAAUCUCAAGACCCUCGAUCUGUCCAGCAAUAAAUUGAGAAGUUUGCCAGCUGAACUUGGGGAUCUCAUUCAAUUGAGGGAACUUUUAUUGAAUCACAACUUUUUGCGUGUUUUACCGUAUGAAAUUGGAAAAUUGUUUCAUUUACAUGUUUUGGGGUUGCAUGGAAACCCACUGGGAAAAGAUAUUCUGUCCAUUUACAAUGAACCAAAUGGAACACAAAAGCUACUUACAUUCAUGUUGGACAAUCUAACAGUGAGUGCAGGACCUCCGCCUCAGCGUCCAUGGAUUCCAUUAGCUCGUCCUAAUCGUACUCGACCAGCAUGUAUAUUCACCGUAAUGUGCUACAAUGUACUCUGUGACAAAUAUGCGACUAGACAAAUGUAUGGCUAUUGCCAGAGUUGGGCUCUCGGAUGGGAGUAUCGGAAAAAGGCAAUUUUGGAUGAGAUUCGCCACUAUUCUGCCGAUAUUAUUAGUCUACAGGAAGUGGAGACAGAUCAGUUUUACAAUUUCUUCAAGCCAGAACUCAAAAAUGAUGGCUACGAGGGAAUUUUCUCGCCAAAAUCUAGAGCCAAAACGAUGGCAGAGAAUGAAAGAAAAUACGUAGAUGGAUGUGCUAUUUUCUACAGAGCGUCGAGAUUUUCACUGAUAAAAGAGCACCUGGUGGAAUUCAAUCAGUUGGCAAUGGCAAAUUCCGAAGGAUCGGAUAAUAUGCUGAAUCGUGUGAUGCCAAAGGACAACAUUGGCCUGGCAGCGUUACUCAAGGUGAAGGAGUCAGCGUGGGAAGGUCUAACGCCUGAAGCUGCCCAACUAGCCCAACCAAUUCUCGUUUGUACGGCCCACAUUCAUUGGGACCCAGAAUUCUGUGAUGUCAAACUCAUUCAGACCAUGAUGCUCAGCAAUGAGCUGAAAAGUAUUCUGGAUGAGGCGGGUCAUAGUUUUCGGCCGGGUCACAAAUUUGAUAGCAACAAUGUGCAGCUUCUGCUAUGUGGAGACUUUAAUUCGUUACCGGAUUCAGGAGUGAUAGAAUUUCUGAGUUCGGGUCGGGUGUCCAUGGAUCAUCAGGAUUUUAAGGAGCUGGGUUACAAAUCAUGCCUGCAACGCCUAUCCGGUAGUGAUACACCAAAUGAAUUUACGCAUUCCUUCAAAUUGGCCUCAGCAUACAGUGAAGACAUUAUGCCCUAUACCAACUACACCUUCGACUUUAAAGGUAUUAUUGACUAUAUAUUUUACACGAGAACGGGGAUGACGCCAUUGGGACUGUUGGGACCUGUAUCGGCAGAUUGGUUGCGUGAAAAUAAAGUUGUAGGCUGUCCACAUCCUCACAUCCCAUCGGAUCACUUUCCGCUUCUUGUGGAGCUGGAAUUGUGGCAUACAGCUAGUUCACAAACACCAAAUGGCCUCAUUGGUCGGAGGUAGCAAUAGAUCGAUGAUAUGUGGCACAAUCACAAUCCUUUCCUUUUGAAUAUACUACAUCAUGCAACAUCUCAAACAUCCACCAAAAGACACACAAACACUGUUCAUUGACACACACAAAAACAUCCCCCCCCCCCCCCCUUCAAAUGCCUUUUGAACCUGCAUCCCCCUUUCCUCCUAUACAUAUAUUUUUUUUGUUGUUAAAUUAUUGAAAAGUAAAAAAAAACAAUAUUGUAUUCAUAUUAAGAUGAAAAUGUGAAAAAUGUCACACGGAAAAAAUAUAUACAAACAAUUUUAGUAAUAUCAAGAACAAAAAAUAUAUUUCGGCUCGAAGGAUCAAAAAUGUAUCUUUCGGAGGCGAUUAACACGGCAACAGAAGUACGUAAACAGCUGAACCUGAUGAAAGAGAGGAAACUUGAGAGGAUUUUUCAUGAGGAAAAAUCAGCAAAACAAGAAAAGAAACAAUAGAAAUGAACAAUGUUUAUCCAAAACUUUCGAAUUGCGUGCAGACAAAAAAUAAACAAAGGACAAGGAGACUACCAUAACCUCAAAAUUUUGACAUGUCAAAAAAUCCCCCGCCAUUUUGAAAUGGCGCUCAAAUCGUGACGUUAGAUGAAAAAUACUGCGCAGACAUCGGAAAAAAAUCCCUUGAAAAAUCCUUCAAGAUUCAUUUUGAGGAGAUAAAACUCGAGGAUUUUCAACAAAAAAACAACCAAAAACCAUCAACAUUCUGCGUGGGAUUAAUUGUACAGAAUCACCAGGUAAAUUUUACAAAGAAA